AACUCUACCUAGAUCAGAUCAGCAUUUAGCAUUCAACAUUCAACAUUUAAACAUUCAGUAUUCAAACAUUUAGUCUUGGCCAAACAAAUCGAUCCAAUCUUUACCCUACCUAUCUUCUACGUUAGAUACCAUCUAGUAGUAUACUACCCUGCAAAUGAAUAGCUGAGAAUGGUCACGAUUUUUCCAUGUCUUCCCGUACCACCUCCCUCUCCGUGUCGCGCUCCCAGCUAUCCCACCGACCCUCCGUUAGCUCCAGAUUGUCCUUUGCGGUAUCGAAUGCCGAGCAAGGAGAGGGGCUUGGAAGCAAUGCGCCGGUGGAGAAUCAGAUCGACGAAGAAAUAGCGGAGAUCAAGAGAUAUGAGGACUUCACUACUAUAGACUGGGUCCAAGAUGCCGCCCAAGAAAGAUUUCGCCGGAAAGCUCGCCGUAGGAGGAAUCCUGGCAAUGGUAGAGUGUCGUGGAGGUACAAGUUAUGGGAGUCGUAUGACGCCGCGCAGGGCUGGAUCGUCGUGACAUUGAUAGGCGCUGCCAUUGGCCUGAAUGCCGCCUUCUUAAACAUAAUAACCGAAUGGCUAUCCGAUAUUAAGAUGGGCUAUUGCACGACGGGCUUCUACCUCAACGAGAACUUCUGCUGCUGGGGCGAAGACAACGGAUGCAAUGACUGGCACCGCUGGACGGGGUUCGAACCCGUUAAUUAUUUUCUCUACAUCAUUUUCGGAACCGCUUUUGCCUUCACUUCGGCCAUUCUUGUCAAGUCCUUUGCGCCGUAUGCCGCCGGCUCUGGAAUUUCCGAGAUCAAAUGCAUUAUUGCGGGAUUCGUUAUGAAAGGGUUCCUAGGUCUUCGAACUUUAAUUAUCAAAUCUGUAGCCCUACCUUUGGCCAUCUCUUCCGGACUUUCAGUCGGUAAGGAAGGCCCUAGCGUUCAUUAUGCAGUAUGCACAGGCAAUGUCAUCUCGAGAAUGUUUGAUAAGUAUAAGAGAAACGCAUCCAAGACACGGGAGAUACUUAGCGCCUGUGCAGCGGCCGGAGUCGGAGUCGCUUUUGGCAGUCCUAUCGGCGGUGUUUUAUUCUCUCUGGAGGAAAUGUCCAACUACUUUCCCCUGAAGACUAUGUGGAGGAGUUACUUCUGCGCACUUGUCGCAACAGCAGUCUUGGCGGCGAUGAACCCCUUCAGGACCGGUCAGCUAGUCAUGUUUCAGGUCAAAUACGACCGGUCAUGGCAUUUCUUCGAAAUCGUGCCGUAUAUCUUCAUCGGAAUAUUUGGUGGUCUAUACGGCGCGUUCGUAAUCAAGUGGAAUCUUCGCGCUCAGGCAUUCCGAAAGAAGUAUCUCGCGAAGUGGGCUGUCCUUGAAGCUACUCUUCUAGCUGCAGGGACCGCCAUCAUUUGUUAUCCUAAUGCAUUUCUACGGAUCGACAUGACUGAGAGCAUGGAGAUUCUGUUCCUCGAGUGCGAAGGCACCGAGGACUAUCACGGACUUUGUGACCAUGAUAAACGAUGGGCCAACAUCGUAUCUCUGGCUAUUGCGACAACUGUUCGGAUUUUCCUAAUAAUUAUAUCGUAUGGGUGCAAAGUACCCGCUGGUAUUUUUGUGCCAUCUAUGGCAGUAGGGGCAACAUUUGGUCGGACUGUUGGAAUUAUCAUGCAAGCUAUCUAUCAUUCUAACCCGGAGAGCGCUUUCUUUGCAGCUUGCCAGCCGGACGAACCUUGUAUUACUCCCGGGACGUACGCCUUUCUUGGGGCGGCUGCUUCACUCAGCGGAAUAAUGCAUAUUACCGUGUCGGUUGUGGUUAUUAUGUUCGAACUCACCGGGGCCUUAACCUACAUCUUACCUACUAUGAUUGUUGUCGGUGUCACGAAGAUGGUAUCUGACCUAUUCGGCAAAGGCGGAAUCGCUGACCGGAUGAUUUGGUUUAGCGGCUUUCCAUUCCUGGAUAAUAAGGAGGAGCAUAACUUUGGUGUUCCUGUGUCGGCAGCAAUGACCAGCGAUGUGAUAGUCAUACCAGUUCAUGGCACGACGCUGCAAUCCAUCGAAAACAUCCUGAAGCAGCCUAAGUACCAGGGAUUUCCUAUUGUUGAAGAUUUAAACAAGAAGAUUCUGGUCGGCUACAUUGGUCGUACGGAACUACGUUAUGCGGUUGAUCGACUACGUCGUGAGCGAGCCAUUCCUAUCAGCCCCGAGGCCAAAUGCAACUUUUCGCCUCUCGAGUUAAGUACAGUUGCGCCCAUCACGCCAACUGUGACAUUCAGCAGUGUGGACUAUAGUGCGGCCUCCGCACCUCUUGACUUCAGCCGAUACGUGGAUCCGACACCUGUUACGGUGCACCCGCGACUACCGCUGGAGACGGUGAUGGAGCUGUUCCGCAAGAUCGGACCGCGAGUAAUUCUAAUAGAGUAUCACGGGCGCCUGACGGGUCUGGUGACCGCGAAGGACUGUCUGAGAUACCAAUUCAAGGCGGAGGCGGCCGAAAAUCCCCGCGACGAUCACGAGAUCCGAGAGCUUCACGAGAAGCUUUGGGCCUUCAUGAGCAGAGCAGGUACUUGGGUCUCGGCAAAGGUCUCCGGCGCAACUGGCGGCCGAAUAAGGCUCGGAGGCGCAGCGGACGAGAGAGUGGGCGGACAGAUCAUGGACGGCGACGAGGAUGUGGCUGCGGAUGAUGGUGUCGAGUUAGAAAACAGAUAGAGAUUUGUUGAGUUCAUAUACCUCAUGCGAAUUGUCUCUCAGCCACUACCUGUUACUGGUUUAUGAGAUUGAUUCCUUACACGUGAAAAUUCAUUGAGCCCCUGAAAGACGUGAUCGCAACAUGGUCAAACUAAAGGGCCUACCUACUUGUCUUAUCCCCCC